UGUGCACAACAGACGUCAUUUGGGUCAUGUGGUCAGAGUACUUGCUUCUGCUCACCAGGAAUUCCAGGCAUCCCGGGAAGUCCUGGACCCGCGGGAUCUCCCGGAAAUCAUGGACCUGAAGGACCUACGGGCCCAAGAGGUAACAAAGGUGAUGAAGGAUCUCGUGGAAAGCAGGGACCUAAAGGAGAUACAGGACCCUCGGGUUCGACGGGUCUACCAGGAAGCAAAGGUGAACAAGGUGCUCGUGGUAUCCAAUGUCCCCAGGAAAAUCCUGGUUCUACGGGUGCCUUGCAAAGUAACUGGAAACAGUGCGUUUUUAAGAAUUUAGAUAACGGCCAAGACACUGGUUUGAUCAAGGUAAACAAUCAACUGAAUUAUAGUUCUGAAUGUCAUGCUUUUUGUCUUCAGAUAGAGCCUCCUAGGUCUAGCAGAAUUGUGUUUCAUAACUCAUUUACUACACAUAAUUAACUUGAGGAAGAGGAAAGUAAACUAAACGGACAGCUUACUAAUUAAAAGGCUGCUCAAGAUCGUACCCAUCAUUUUUACAAUACAUUACGACUUAUGUAUCUUGGGCAGCCGGCCUUUUUCUACCUUAAGCCGAGUUAAGAAUUUUCAAAUGCGUUUUAUUAAUCCGCCUGUGCUUCAUAUUAUGUCUUACUAUCUUGACCCAGACUUUAAUUAUUAAUUUAAAACUUUAAUUAAAGAUUAUUUUUGACAAGUUGUAAUGCGCAUUUUUUUCCUUACCACUGUUUGUUUAUUUGCGCCAGAUUGCUAAUAAAAAUCAGUAUAGAGCUUUUCCACCUACUUUGCGGGAAGUGUUUACAAAUUCCACAAGAUUGGCCUGGAACAACAACGUGGCCGCCAUAACGUCGUGUAAAAACGAGGAUCCUCGAAAAAAUUAUACUUACAAGCAAAACGCUGCAAAUCAUGAUAAGGCAAUGAAAUGGCGGCUUUCAAUUUCUCCACAGGAAUGUAUUUUCAACAAAAAAUCCGACAAAACAGCCUUGCGUGUCUUCUGGAAUGGCGAUUUCCGCGUCUAUAACUGCUAUAGGUGUUGCAGUCGGUGGUAUUUCACCUUCAAUGGUGCAGAGUGCUCAACCCCGUCCGCCAUUGAUGGUAUAUUUAUUGUGUGGAAUGAUAAAAAUUUUGUAGGGAAUCCACAUCGCCCACGUCACAUCGAAGGAAUCUGUGAGAAACUACGCAAGGGCCCUGUUCGGGUGGGAUUCUGGGUCGGUAAGUGUGUAGGUACUGGCUACACGGGUGGAGACGCGGCCACAGGCUUUCAUUCAGUGUCCCGGAUCUACGUGGAAGAAGUGUCUCCUCCACAGGCCUGA